AUGAAUACAUUGAUACAGUUUCAAUCCGUUUUUCUCUUUUGCAUCACGGUGAUACAGUUUACGACUUUUGUCAAUUCUGAAUUGGCUGAAAACGAGACAGAUCGUGUUGCCUUGCAGGCCUUCAAGUCAAAGAUUAUUCAUGAUCCUCAAGGAGGAAACAAUCUUGUAGGGAAAUUGCCACCGGAGUUUGUCUCCUUGAGGAACAUCAAAUCAUUAAAUGUAUUUCAUAACAAUUUGACAGGAGGCAUCCCACAUUUUCUUGGGAAUCUUACCUCCCUGGAAAAGUUGAAUUUAGCUGUCAAUGCUUUUGGAGGAAACAUUCCAGAUUCAUUGGGUCGACUGAAAAAUUUAACAAGUCUUGGACUUGGUGAAAACAACCUAUCUGGUGCGGUUCCUUCUUCUAUAUACAAUCUUUCCUUUCUUGUUAAUUUUUCUUUGGUUCUCAAUCAACUCCAUGGAAGUCUUCCACCAAAUUUAGGUCUUGCUUUUCCUCGUCUCAAAUAUUUUCAAGUCUCCCAUAACUUAUUUAGUGGAUCUAUUCCAGUAUCUUUAUCCAAUGCUUCAGAACUGGAGCAUUUUCAAUUGAACAGCAAUGAUUUUUCUGGAAAACUGUCAGUUGACUUUGGAGGCCUGCAACAUUUUGCAUUGCUGAAUGUGGCCACUAAUAAGUUAGGAAGUGGGGAAGCCCGAAACCAAUUGAUUGGAACUAUACCUCCAAACAUUGGUAACCUGAAAGUUCUAUCAGCUUUUGAUGUGUCUGACAAUAAUUUAUCUGGUGAAAUUCCAAGUCAACUCAGUCUUUGUUCUAGUCUUGAAUAUCUUUAUAUCGAGGGCAAUUUCUUUCAAGGAUUUAUACCCUCAUCAUUGAGUUCUCUUAGAGGAAUUCGAGACAUUGAUCUUUCUCGUAACAAUUUGUCUGGUCAAAUUCCAAAAUUCUUGGCAACUCUCGCUUUGGAGAAUCUAAACUUGUCCUUCAAUAAUUUAGAAGGCGAAGUACCAACGAAAGGAAUUUUUGCAAAUGCAAGUGCAAUAUCAAUUGUCGGAAAUAGUAAUCGACUUUGUGGGGGUAUAGCUGAACUACAUCUCCCGAAAUGCAUCAACAAUGAGUCAAAGAAGGAAAAGAUCUCUCAACUGUCGAAAAUAUUAAUCUCAACCGUAAGCAUCUUUUCAGGUUUGGUCAUGAUGUCAUUUUUCAUUUUUUGUUGGCUCAAAAAGAGAAGAGGAAAACAACCUUCUGAAUCUGAAUCUACGUUGAUAAGAGAACUUUUGAAUUUGUCUUAUGAAAAGCUUCUUAAAGCAACUGAUGGGUUUUCUUCAACACAAUUGAUUGGUGUGGGCAGUUUUGGUUCAGUGUAUAAGGGAAUCUUUAAUCAAGACGGAACCAUUGUUGCAGUUAAAGUACUUAAUCUUCAACGUCAAGGAGCUUCCAAGAGUUUCUUAGCAGAGUGUAAAGCAUUGAGAAAUAUCCGUCAUAGAAAUCUUGUCAAAGUCAUAACUUCUUGCUCAAGCAUUGAUUUUCAAGGCAAUGACUUUAAAGCUCUUGUUUAUGAGUACAUGCCAAAUGGGAGUCUUGAGAAGUGGUUGCAUUUUACACCAAAAACAGAAGAAGAGCAACCUGAAAUUCAGAAUCUCACUCUUCUUCAGAGAAUAAACAUUGCAAUUGAUGUGGCCUCUGCGAUAGAUUAUCUUCAUCAUCAUUGCCAUGAGCCAAUCCUCCAUUGCGAUCUAAAGCCAGGCAAUGUUCUUCUAGACGAUAACAUGACAGCUCAUGUUGGGGAUUUCGGUCUAGCAAAGUUUCUCCCAGAAGUCUCAAAUCCAAAUAAAAGCAGUUCUGUUGAAGUAAGAGGAACAAUAGGGUAUGCAGCCCCAGAGUUUGGUCUAGGAAGUGAGUUGUCGACAAAUGGGGAUGUCUAUAGUUAUGGGAUCUUGUUGUUGGAGAUGGUAACAAGUAAAAAACCCACAGACCCUAUAUUUGAAGGAGACUUUAAUCUUCACAAUUUUGUCAGAAUAGCCUUGCCUGACCGGGUGAUGGACAUUGUGGAUCCUCUGCUUCUAAAUGAUGAAGAAGAGGUGUCUGGUACAAGGCAUAGGUUGAGGGAAACAAGAAACAACAUCAAAAAGGAAUGUUUCAAUAUCAUGGUAAGGAUUGGAGUGGCAUGUUCAAUGGAAUCUCCACAAGAUCGAAUGAAUAUAAGAGAUGUUGUGAAUGAACUAAAAUCAGCCAAGAACAUCCUUCUAAAGCUCAACAGGCAAGAAGAGUAUGGUCUGGGAAAUGAGGUAUCAACAUAUGGGGAUGUCUACAGUUAUGGGAUCCUGUUGUUGGAGAUGGCUGUUUCAACUUUCUAUGAUUCAUUGUGGAAGAGAGUUUGA